AUGGAAGGGCUUGUUAGUUCCCGGAAUGUCACAGCCAACGAAAUACGGGAAAAUUUAAUAUUUGUUUUAACUGUUUAUAUACCGUUGGACUUGGUGAUCAUCUGUGGAAACGCGUUUGUUCUUAUUGUCAUUCGCCGAAUUCCAAGCUUACAUGAGACUCAGUUUACUUUGCUUGCUAGCUUAGCAUUGGUGGACCUACUUACGGGGAUCAUAGGCGUGCCUAUGUUCAUGUGGGCGUGUAUCCUGCGGGGAUCCCUCUACAUAGAGAACAUCGAUGACUGCGAGUUACAAUACAUACCUAUGAAAGUCUUCAUCUGUACUUCGUUUCUCCAUCUUCUCCUUAUUACCACGGAUCGGUACGUUUCUAUAAUAAAACCCUUACGAUAUGCACAAAUUGUUACUCGGGCCAGGGUUUACUGUGCUAUCACUGCCUCAUGGAUAUUAGCAUGUUCUUAUGGAUUCAUACAAUUGUUUUGGAAAAGCAAACAAAUUGAAGGGAUAUUCUUUUGCUAUCAGGUAAAUCCGCAAGGUGUCGUAGUUCAACGUUACGCAGUUUUGGUAAUAUUUCCAGCAGCUAUGUUCUUAAUGAUCAUAAUGUAUUUCCGUAUUUUCAUGAAGGCGAGAAAACACAUAAACGCAAUAGCCGCUCAGAAUACAGUCGGUACACCAACAUCUGUUUACAAGAAUAUUAAAGCGGCUAAAACAAGUGCUUUGAUGGUCUGCUGUUUCAUUGCUGCCUACUUUCCUUAUUCUAGCAAAGUUUUUAUAAUUUUAUUUGGACCUCAACGUUCUGAUAUAUACUGGUACGAUUUGAUGUCUUCGGUGUUGUUGUACAUGGGUUCGGCCGUCAACCCGCUCAUUUACAUGUUCCGUCAUAGGCAAUUCUCAUCUGCUCUACGUCGUCUAUUGCGAAAUUCUCAAUUACAGUAAUUCCGUUCAAUAUAGACGUUGUACCGACAAUAAGACUGUUUGUGUUCGAUAUAGACGUUGAUACCGACAUUAAUGAGGUUUCACGACUUUGUUUCGUAACCCACAGCUUAUUGUUUGCAGAUACAAUAACCUGCUUUGUCGAACAUGCAUCACGAACUCAACACAGUAAUUUAUAUGGUGUGAGGAUAUGAUUAUGGGAUUGAAGAACAGAGCAGAAAAAAGAGAGUAAAGAAACAAGAAAAGAUAACACACUUCACAAAAUCAUUAGCACCAUCUGCCGAACAAAAAGGCAAAGCGAAAGUAAACGACUAGAACGAGUCGUCAAGGCACCACAAAAGAAGAAAAUCAAGCGAAAGUAAGAAAAAUCGUAAAACAAAGUUUUUCAUUAGUAAAAUUAAAAGUAAUUCGUCAAGCAAAUUGCAUUAUGAUGAUUGGAAAAAAAAUUAUUAUGUUGUUUUUACAACAACAUGAAUAACAUAAGUUUGCAUUGUCUCCCUAAACGUGACAAAACAAAGACAAAUAUUUAAGUGGUGUCGUGAUCAAAAAGUAGAUAUUGUAUUGUGGCAAGAAACGCAUCGUACUCGUGAAUUGAUUAAUACAUUUACUUCAAUAAGGGAGGGUGUUUGCAUUCAUAGUACAGGUUUUUCCAAUAGUGCAGGAGUGUCUGUUAUAAUUUUAAAAGUU